AAUCUUCAACGUAAUCCAAAAAAUGAAGAGUCCCUCGUAAUCCCUCCAUAUUGGGAUUCCAUGGACAACAUCCAGCUGAAGGUGGUACCGCUGAGCAGCAGCAGCCCGGAGUACUCAGAGGUGGAGGGACUCUUUACACAGACGUGUCAAAUGAGAAUCAUUAAGAUUGAAAGAAUACAGAACAAACAAUUGUAUCAAAAUUACCAAAUUAAGAAGAGCAGUAUCGAUACCAAAAACGGUACCAGGACCAAUGAGAAGAGGAUCUUCCAUGGCACCGAGAGCGGGACAGCCGAUAAUAUAAAUCACUAUGGGUUCAACAGAUCCUACGCCGGGAGAAAUGCUGCGAAGUUGGGAAGAGGGACGUACUUCGCUGUUGAUGCCAUUUACUCUGCGGAUGACACGUACUCCAAACCGGAUACAAAU